CGAGUGUGUUGCUGCGUUUUUAUUCACGAUACACCUUACACGAUAAGGCGAGCGCGAUCUGUCCGUGUGGAUCGGAUCGGAGAUCUACGCGAUUGAUUCUCACCGAUUCGCGAUUCGCGCACGUAAUUGGAGCAAGCGGAUUGCCCGUUAAUUGCUGGCGACAGUAAUUGUCGGUCGCCGCAUACCAGUUACGCUUUCUGCUUAAGGUGUUCCCUCGCCCCGUACUGUUAAUGUGUCAAUUGAUUGAUUUGCUCCGUGAUUGACGCGUGCCUAAUUCGAAAUGAUACCCAAACUAUCGAAGAAGCGCUGGUGGAAGAUCUGCCUGCCGCAGGGACACCAGGAUCAGUCCAAGAACUAUCGCGAGAUAGUCAUGAUCAGCGAGUGCGCCUCGGUGCUGGCCACCACCAUCUCGAGUGGCAGCACCACCACCACGGCCAGCAGCGGCAGCCCCACCCGCAACCAGAGCUGCGACAGCCUGUCCAAGAGCUCCCAGGCGGAUCCGAGCAAGCUCUUCCCGCGGAAUAUGCCCAGCAUUCGAAGGAGUCGCCGCCGCGGUGUGUCCGCAGACAGGGAGAGAGUCGCCAGCAAGGAGAGGGCCGGCAGCAGGGAGAAACCAGAUCCCGUUCAGCCCGCACUGCAGCCACAGAAGAGCACUCAGCAGUCCCGCCUCUCCACAGUCACCAAGCUGUCGCCACGGAAGCCGCCCAAGUCCACCUGCUCGAAGAACCGCGCACCCUGCUCCCCCGCCACCAAGUGCGUGGUAAGGUCGGCCGUGCGGACAAAGACCAAGCCGAAGCCAAAGCUCACACUAGCCCCGUAUGAGAUAGCACUCGAGCUGCCCAAUGAGUCGCCGGCACCCAGCCUGGCCAUGGCCGUGGCCCUGAGCCACUCGCAGCAGGCGAGCCAGAAGCUGCCCAGUGACGAGCAGUUCCACUCCUCGGGUAUCUCCUGCAACGGCGAGACCGACGACGACGUGGAGGUGGCCAUGCUGACUGGCAGCCUGAGUGCCACACAGCUGGCCAAGUUGCAGCAGGGAGCGCCCAACCGAUCCUUGGCCCUUUCCUUGCCAGUUGGUGAUCUGCGCAAUCUGAAUCUGUGCCGCAACCGCAACGCACUCUGGCUGAACAACAAGGACACGGAACAGCUAAUCAAAGCGGACAGAAAGGAUACGUUCUGUUAUUUCAACAAGGCCAUUGCCGACGAUAUCCAGCUAAGCGAUAUUGAAGAACAAUUGGCCAGGUUUGAUGGCCACUCAAAGAGGCCGCCACAGCCUCAGCCACAGCCGCAGCCGCAGCCGCCAGCGACAGCCACAGUCAGAGUCAUCGCAGUAGAAGCAGCAACAGCAGCAGCCAAAAUCUCUCAACCCGGCCAAGUACUCAGCAAAUACAAGCCCACGCCCGCACCCCGCUCAAGCGGCAAGCACCAGACCAUCAUGCAACAGCAGCCGCAGCCCCACAGCAGCUACUACACGCAGACGGAGAGCGAGCUGCUGCAGAUUGAGGCGGGCGGUACGGGGCUAACAUUUCCGCCACAUCGCAGCGAGAUGGCCGCCACCACCUCGCAGCUUCAGCAGGCGUCGAUGAGCAGCAAUGUGGCAUCCACGGCCACGUCCAGCAACCUCGAUGUGCCCUCGACCGGCAGCAGUGGCAGCGGCAGCGGUGGGCAGGCGAGCCACUUUGUGUCGCCCCUGCAGCGGCGACACUGCCAGCCGCCCAGUCAUCUGCCACUGAACUCGGUGGCGUCUCCGCUGCGCACGGCCAGCUACAAAACGGCAGCCGCUGGCCCAGUGGCCGGUCACGGCUUCCAUCACAGCCACCACCAGCAGUUGGACUUCCAGCGCAACUCGCAGUCGGACGAUGAUAGCGGCUGUGCCCUGGAGGAAUACACAUGGGUGCCGCCGGGUCUGCGACCCGAUCAGGUCCGCUUGUACUUCAGUCAACUGCCAGACGACAAGGUGCCCUACGUCAACAGUCCCGGCGAAAAGUAUCGCGUUAAACAAUUGCUGCACCAGCUGCCGCCACAAGAUAACGAAGUGCGCUACUGCCACUCGCUGAGCGACGAGGAGCGCAAGGAGCUGCGCAUCUUCUCGGCCCAGAGGAAGCGAGAGGCUCUCGGCCGAGGCGCCGUCCGCCUGCUGUCCGACGAGCGACCCUGCAAGGGGUGCGAAGAGUCCCUGUCGGGCGGUGACAUCGUGGUCUUUGCCCAGCGUCUGGGGGCUCAAUUGUGCUGGCAUCCGGGCUGCUUUGUGUGCAGCGUGUGCAAGGAGCUGCUGGUGGAUUUGAUAUACUUCCAGCGCGACGGGAAUCUCUACUGCGGCCGCCACCACGCCGAGACCCAGAAGCCACGCUGCUCGGCCUGCGAUGAGAUCAUCUUCUCCGACGAGUGCACGGAGGCGGAGGGUCGCACCUGGCAUAUGAAGCACUUUGCCUGCCAGGAGUGCGAGCACCAGUUGGGAGGACAGCGGUACAUAAUGCGGGAGGGCAAGCCCUACUGCCUGGGAUGCUUCGACACGAUGUUCGCGGAGUACUGCGACUACUGCGGGGAGGUGAUCGGCGUGGACCAGGGCCAGAUGAGCCACGACGGGCAGCACUGGCAUGCUACGGACCAGUGCUUCAGCUGCUGCACCUGCCGCUGCUCGCUGCUGGGGCGCCCAUUCCUGCCGCGGCGGGGCACCAUCUACUGCUCGAUCGCCUGCAGCAAGGGGGAGCCGCCGACGCCGUCGGACACGAGCUCCGGCCCACAGCUGCGUCCCACCCAUCGAGCCUCCACCUCCAGUCAAAUCGCCCGCUCGCCCCGCCGCAGCGGAGAGCGGGACAGGGAGAGGGAGUCCGCGCGGAAGGGCAACCAUGGACAUGGUCAUCCAGUCAAGGGCACGGGCACGGGCACAGGCAGCGCUGGCGAUCUGCUGGAGCGGCAGGAGCGCAAGCGCAUGGAGGCAGCCGGCGUGGCCGAUCUGCUGCUGGGCGGUGGGGUGCCAGGCAUGCCACGCCCCGCCCACCCGCCGCCCAUCGACCUCACCGAGCUGGGGAUCAGCCUGGACAACAUCUGUGCGGGGGACAAGUCCAUCUUCGGCGACACCCAGCUGACGUCAUCCAUGCCGGACAUGCUGCUGUCGAAGGCGGAGGACUCGCACAGCUACCAGAGCAUUGACAAGAUCAACCUGAACUCGCCGAGCAACUCGGACCUGACGCAGAGCACCCAGGAGCUGGCCAACGAGCUGGAGCUGGACAACGAGCCGGUGCGGGAGCUGCCACACGACGGCUACGAGCAGCUCUUUGCCAGCAAUCGAAACACGAAGAAGGGCCACGAGCAGCACGAGAUGCAUGAGGAGGAAGAGGGAGAGCAGCUGGACAAUCGGCCGCUGAAGGAGGUGCGCUUCCACAGCGUCCAGGACACCAUGUCGCGCUCCAAGAGCUACACGGACAACUCCAACGCACGCCGCAGGCGGCGACGUCGUAACCAGUCGCGCAGCUCCUCGGAGAUGCAGAUCAAUCAAACGAAUCUGCGACUGCACAACGCCCAGACCCAGGCCACCGGCGCCCACAAUCUGCUAAACAAUCUGGACAACUGCGACGUGGCCAGCAUCUGCUCCACCUGCUCGUCCAGCUCUUCCAGCGACAUGGACGACUACGUCUACCGCCUGCCCGCCCGCAAGCACUACGGUGGCGUUCGCGUGGCCUACGUGCCCAACGAUGCCCUCGCCUACGAGCGCAAGAAGAAGCUGGCCCAGGACCCCACGUUGGCCGCAGCCGCAUCGGCCGCUGUGCCCGGAGUGCCGGCAAUUAUGAACGAGAGCAAGAACUGCACAAUAUCAUGACCACCUCCCAUUCUGCCGCCGCCACCCUUCAACCUGAGCAGCUACUACAUCCUGGACACCAUCCUGGAGGAGCAGAGCCUGAUGCUGCCGGAGAAGAAGCCCGGCUGCCUCCGUCGCGUGUGGAACUUCUUUGGGCUGGGCAAGCCGCGUCUACAGCACACCAGCAAUGGACGGCUGUACAGCGUUUAGGUGGGACUGCACUGUAAAUAACAACAUAUCGAAAUGUAUUAUACACCGAAAACAGACGACAGAUGAGAUCAUCGAAGCGGAGUGAAGUGAAGUGAAACCUUGUACAAAGCUGAACCUAUAUCAUAUUUGCAUUUGCAUAUACCUACAUAUUACAUAUACAUACCUACAUAUAGGCAUUAUCAUAACUAAUUAGGUAUUCUAGUGUUAGAUCUAAGAAGAUCGGAGGGCAGGAGGAGACGAGACGAGACGAGACCAGACCAGACCACAAGCAGCGCAAUCAACGAACAAUAAAUUCCAACGAAAUCAACUUCAACGGCCAACAAAAGAAUCUCCCAAAAAGAGUGAAAGUCUUUUUUGUGCAAUAAAUUUAAAAUGGCAAAAAGCAGAACUCGCAAAAGCAAAACCGAAAUCUUCCAAAACACCAAUCGAAGUAAAUCGAUAAUAUAACCAAAUUUUACAACAUUUGCAGUUUCUAUUUUUUACGACGUUUUUCGUCAAAUCGAAAUAAGAUGAAGAUUCUUUUGUUUAAAUGCCAAAUGUUUUAUGUAAUUUGCCAGCUUUCACCCGCAGUGUGAAAGGGAAACUGUUAUGUAAAAGCAAUGUGUCCAGAAUAUUUAAUCGUCCUAAAGAAAGUUUUGUUUUGUUAGAUCAAAAAGUACUCACGACUAAGGACUAUGAUUUUGUAUUGUAUUGGCUAUUCGUCUAAGCUAUGCUAUAUCAUUCAAAUGAAAAUUCAACAAAUGUGUAUGGAAACAUAAUCAAAAAUAAAAUAUAUGUAUGUGUAUUUUAUCCUACUCGAA